AUGGGCAGCUCCAGGCCGCUGUCCCGCUUCUGGGAGUGGGGCAGGAACAUCGUGUGCGUGGGGCGCAACUACGCGGAGCACGCCAAGGAGAUGGGCAGCGCCCUGCCCGCAGAGCCGCUCUUCUUCCUCAAGCCCUCCUCGGCCUACGUGCGGGAGGGAUCGCCCAUCGUGCGGCCCUACUACUGCCGGAACCUGCACCACGAGGUGGAGCUGGGGGUGGUGAUCGGCCGGAGCGCCCGGGCCGUGCCCGAGGCCGAGGCCAUGGCACACGUGGCGGGCUAUGCCCUGUGCCUGGACAUGACGGCCCGCGACACCCAGGAGCAGUGCAAAAAGAAGGGGCUGCCCUGGACCUUGGCCAAAGGGUUCGGCUCGUCCUGCCCCGUCAGUGACUUCGUGCCCAAGGAGAAGAUCCCAGACCCGCACAAGCUGCAGAUCUGGCUGAAGGUGAACGGGAAGCUGAGGCAGGAGGGGGACACCUCCUCCAUGAUCUUCUCCAUCCCUUACCUGAUCAGCUACAUCAGCCACGUAUUCACCCUGGAGGAAGGGGACUUGAUUCUCACGGGCUCUCCCAAAGGAGUGGGGUCCGUGGAGGCCGACGAUGAGAUCGAGGCGGGGAUCAGGGACGUGGUGUCCAUGAGGUUCAAGGUGGCGCAGCAGACACGGGGACUCUGA